CAUAUAACAGUUAACUGUGAGAGCUACUUUAAUUUUCUUAGCCUGAGCAGAGAAUGAUAUGGAUGAAGAUAAAAUGAACAAACAACUUUGUGUGAUGAUUUUCCUCUUGUAUGAAGUCUUUGAGACAAUAUAUGGAAACAUCAUUCAACCGGAUUCAGUUUUAUCAGUUCAUGAAGGAGAUACAGUGGUAUUGUCCUGCUCCAUUUCAUCAAAACAAAUAAGUCUGGCUUCAUGGUACAAGCAAGUCACUGGAGAAGAACCCCGUCUCAUCGCUUCCUUACUUCUCCAUUCAUCAAAAAGCCAAUUUCACAAUGAAUUUGACAAUAGUCAUUUUGAAGUGUCAAGAGUUAUUGACACUUUUAAUCUGAAGAUCAUGAACACCGUACAAUCAGAUUCAGCCACAUACUACUGUACAACAUCUUUCACUAAUAUCCUUAACUUUGGAAAUGGCACUUUUCUGGUUAUUAAAGGAGCAGAAACCAGCAAACCCACUCAUGUACAGCUGCCCAAGUUUGAACUAGUUGAGUCGGCGGUAAAUGUGCCUCUACAGUGUUCAAUCCAAAACCAGUUCGUGAGUGGUGGAGGUGAACAUCGUCUCUACUGGUUCAGACAUGGAUCAGGAGAAUCUCCUCCAGGAUCCAUUUAUAUUCAUGGAAACACAAGUGAUCAGUGUUUGGAGAGCUCUGAAGCUGGCUGUCUUUCACCGACCUGCGUGUACAACCUCCCAAAGAAAAAGUUCGGUUCAUCAGAUGCUGGAAUUCACUACUGUGCACUGGCCACAUGUGGAGAGGCUUUAUUUGGAAAUGAUCCUAAACUGAAUCCUGCUUUAGACUCAAAUGAGAGCCAGACAAUACAAUUCCUUCAAAUCGGUCUUGCAGCAAUACUGGCAAUAAGUCUUACCAUCAAUAUACUGCUUUGUUGCUUGUGGAAAAAUGAUGAAUUCUCAAACUGUUAUAUAUCUCUAUUUAAAACAGGGAGAAAAUCUCAACAAAUACAGACUACUGAUGGGGAUGAUAAUGAUGAUGUGUCAAUAAAUCAGAACAGGGAAUUGACUUACGCUACUGUACUAUACGGCAGCAGACACUCAAGAGUCAAGAGGAUGAGCGUCCCCGAAGACACACUGUAUUCUGGUUUAGCAUGUCAACAUCAAAGCUGAAAAAUACUUUAUAUUACCAUAUUUGCCAGCAUUUAGUUCUAUUGCUCUGUGUGCACAGAUAUUUA